AUGAGCGCAACCUAUUCAUCCGCGGCCCGUUGCAUUCGGCCAUCUGUUUUCUACAGAUCGGCCAGGCCGCUUGUUAGAUCGUCGCCUAUCACAGUUAGACCGACAGUGCCAGUGGCGCUUUUCCACCAAACCAGGUUCAACAUGGCUGUGCAAAAGAUUCAGGUCAAGAAUCCCGUCGUGGAACUUGACGGUGAUGAGAUGACAAGGGUUAUCUGGAAGGUUAUCAAGGACAAAUUCAUCUUCCCCUAUCUCAACGUCGAUUUGAAGUACUACGAUUUAGGGUUGGAGUACCGCGAUGAGACUAACGACCAAGUUACCCUUGACGCUGCCGAAGCCAUUAAGAAGUACUCGAACACCAUCCUCAAGAAGUACGACGGAAAAUUCAAGGACAUCUUCCAGGAGUUGUACGACACUCAAUACAAGAAGGAAUUCGAGGCCAAGGGAAUCUGGUACGAGCACCGUCUGAUUGAUGAUAUGGUUGCCCAAAUGAUCAAGAGCACCGGCGGUUACAUCAUGGCGCUAAAGAACAUUCGAGUCGAAGCCGCGCACGGCACGGUGACGCGACACUACCGCGAGCACCAGAAGGGUCGUGAGACUUCGACAAAACCCGAUCGCCAGCAUUUUCGCGGGACCCGAGGUCUUUCGCAGAGGGGCAAGCUAGACAAUACCCCAGAACUAGUCGCAUUCGCCGAGAGCCUCGAAAGGCCGCUCGCAUGCGGCAAGACUGGCCGCGAGGACUACGUACCACCACCAACGAGUACAUGGACGCGGUUGAGAGCGCUUGAAGAAUACUCUCAAAGAGAAGCUAUAAAUGAGGCGUACGAGGAAUGA